UGUGAGGUAGUCUGCAGUAGACUGGUUGCGCCGCACAGGUCCACGAGUGCCUCUCUCUCUCUCUGCCUCUCGCCCGCUCUGUGCUGAGCUGAAGUCUGGCUUCAUUGUUUCAGUCCACUCUCCGCAGGUGUAAAUUGGACAUUGUGUCUUGCUGACAGUCCCCCGCUGGUUCCUUCACUAUCCUGAGUCCCUACAGAGGGAGUGAGGCCCUCACCUGACCCGACGAACACUCGCUACUGCAGCGUAGCACCACCUCAGCAGCAGUAAGGAGUGACCCCUUCCCCUCUGGUCCCAAUGGCAGACGGUCGGCAACCCGAUGACAGCGCCCCACAGUGGGCUUCCCCAGGAGGGGCCCAGGGCCCCCCGGCCUCUGCUGCUCACGGGGAGAACGGCUUCUCCCCCUCCUACCGGGCGUGCCAGCCCGGAGGUCCCAAGGAGAACGGCUUCAACGGCGACCUGUCCUCUGGACAUGCAGUCACGGCAGAACAAGUGUCAGCACGGAUUGUGCAGGAGGUGACAGCUGAGGCGGUGGCAGUGCUGAAGGGAGAGCAGGAGCUUCAUCCAGGCAGUGCCGUCAGGAUUCCCUCAGUUGAGGACUCUGCCAAUCUCCCUCCGUCUCCUCCGCCCUCACCUGCUGCGGAGCACUUUGGACCCCUGGAGCCAGAUGUAGGGGAUGAGGAGGAGGCUGGGCCUCUCCGACGCUUCCAAAAUUCUCGCGAGAGGUGCAAGUUCCUCGCCCCCUCCAUCUCUGUGUCUGUGCCUGAGGAUGACCCCUACCACUCCGACGAGGAGUACUAUGAGCACCCUUUGUUCAGCCCUGAGUGGACGCGGUCUGGCUCUCGCCCCUCAGGGCAGGCCGCCGCAUUUAGACAGAUCGAAGAAGAAGAGACCGUAGAGGCUCUUACAACUGCCGAGAAGGAGGAGGAGGAGAUGGAGGAUUUGGAGGAGUUGGAGUUGGGAAUGGAGGAGGAGGAGGAGGAGGAUACUGCAGCAGCAGCAGCAACAGCAGCAGCUUUUGAGGAGCCAGAGGAGCAGUGGAGUGGGGAGGAACCUGAGCAGGGACCCCAAGCCGAGCUCCUAGAGCAGGCCGAGGUCAUAGGCGAAGCCCAGGCUGAGCCCAGCCUGCAGGCCGUGACUGAGGCGGAGGCAGUUAGUGCCGCCCCGGAAGAAUCAAACGGGAGAAGCGAUGAGUCAGGGUGGGAGGAGAGGCCCGAGGAAGAUUUACUUUCAGCCUUGAAGAUGGAUGCAGAUAAACCUGGCCACGAGAGGACCGCUCCCGCUGGCGUGGACUUCACCGAACUUGAGAGACAGCUGGAGAAUGUUCAAGCAGCUUCUUCAAAUGGCCAGAGUCAUGUGAAAGAAACACCAAAGGUCUCCACCCAGCUACCUGACAGUCUGUCUGAACAGAAGAGUGUGACAAAACAGCUCUCGGCCGAAAUGUCUGAACCAGCCUCUUUGAAGUCUUCAACACAUAAAGAGAAGACAGACGACGAGGAGUUGCGGGCCUUUGGCGGGAAGCACAUAGGGGCCACAGUGAGUGUCCAAUCUUCAGAGAUGUCUUUGAAAAAGAGUCCUGAAGUAAAGGUAAAGGAGGAGAAGCCCAGCGAACCCGUGAAAGACAAGUCUGGCAUGUCUGCUUACUUUGAAACCACAGCCUUGAAGGAGGAUGAAGCUCGAGUGCUGGGAGAGGGCUACUAUGAGCUGAGCACUGCAGAGGAUGAGAAAAAGAGCCCAGCAGCUCCGUCAGCACCUGAGAUCAGCUAUACCAAUCUUGCGCAAGACAAAUCCGUGGAGGACAGCAAAAAGAGCUCCUCAGAGGAGCAAGCAACCCUUCCACCCCUUGAUAGAAGGGAUGAUUGCCGUCUGUCACCUGGAAAGUUGGCUUUGGACCAAAGAAGCUACUCUCUUAACAUCCCUAUUGGAGGAAUGGACCAAGGACGUCCCAGGAACUUCUCACCAUUGGCUACAGAUAUACUGUCAUUUACCAGUGGAAGCCUUGAUGAGUCAGCUGACUACCUUCCAGUCACAACCCCGUCUGUGGAGAAUCUCCCGGCCUUCCCCCCUGUAGGUGUGGAGGUGUCGGCCUCUCCCACCACGCCUCCCUCACCAUCCCAGGCUACUGGCUCUAGUGCGAAGACAAGCCCUCAGACAGGGUCCCCAGAGUCGCCCUUCGCUGCUAAGUACCAGUACAAGAAUGGCACAGUAAUGGCUCCUGACCUUCCAGAAAUGCUGGACCUGGCAGGCACCCGCUCAAGGCUGAUGUCUGAGAACACUGACCCAGAUAUCAUGAGAAGGAAGUCCGUACCUGCGGAUGUGUCAGCCCAUGUAAGCGAGUCCUUCGCCCAUUUGAUUCUGGGUGACCAAGGUCAGAAGGCAGCCAGAAGUGAAAGUCAAUUAGAGGAACUGGGAUACUGUGUCUUCAGUGAGUAUUCUGGGCCUAUGCCCUCUCCAGCUGAUGUCCACAGCCCUAUGGACUCACCACCACAGAUUUUCACCACAAUGCCAUCUGAAGAGAAGGAAGCCGAGAAGGAGAAGGAAGAGAAGGAAGAGAAGGAAUGCUCUUCUGCACAGAGUGCACCAGACAAAACGGAUGGGACACGUGACUCGGCUCUGCCUUCCAUAGAUGAAGCUGUAAAGAUGGGCAAAUCAGUUGUCUCAGCUGAAAAAGACAGCUUAGAUACAAAGGACAGUAAAGGGAUGGAUGAGGAUGCCAAGACUGCUGAGGUGAAGGACCAGGCUGCUCCCCAAGAGGACAAAACACAGCCAGGCAAGCCAGUUGAAACUCUUGUGACACCAAAGGUGAUGGUCACCCUGGACGAGCCAAAGCCUAAUGAAGAGGGGAAUAUUUUAGAGACAGACGCUGAAUUUGCUGUCUACGAGAGACAAAUUCGCAAGCUGGAGAUGGAGGACAGACCACUGAGUGUGGAAGAGGAGCGCGAGCUGCAGGAGUUGAGGGAGAAGGUGAAGAACAAACCAGACCUGGUGCACCAGGAAGCUUAUGAGGAGGUUGAUGCUGAAGAUGUCUACCAGCUAACUGGAGUAGCAAAAGACAGAAUCGCCAGACCCAUCAGGCCAUCUCCAGGAUCCUCCGUUGAGAGCACCACUGAAGAAGAGAAGGGGAGUGCUGGACCAGAGAAACACAAGCAGCCUGAAGGUGGUGAGGCUCCUGUGGCAGAGGCCAAGAAGGUGUCUGCACCAGAGCCAGCGGAGGUCACAAAAGAGGAAAAAACACUCACCCCAGAACCAAAACAGGAAGUUCCAAAAGCCACAGAAAAGACAGUCUCUGAGGUCAAAGCUCAAUCUGUUGUUCCAGCACCUGCAGAAUCUGCUCUGGACUCAACUAAAUUGGCAGUAGUGGCAGAGAAAAAGCAGGAGGAAGUUGAGCUGGGAGAGGAGGUUGAAGUGGCAGAAGAGCCUCAGGAGUUUAUGCAGGAGGCCAAGCCAGAGAAGCCGGUAGAAGUAGAAAAUACAUCUCCAGAGCUGCCUGAGAAGGUUGAGCAAGGCAAAGACAAACAGGAAGAAGAUGGAGAGUCACUCGAAGGGGCUGGGGCACUGGCAGAAAAAGCUGUGGAACCUCGAGCUGCCAUUGAGUCUAUAGUGACCGUCGAGGAUGAUUUCAUCACGGUGGUCCAGACCAUCGAUGAGGGUGAGGAGCCAGUGCACAGUGUCCGCUUCUCGGCCCCUCCCCAGGAGGAACCCCCCCAGGCUGCACAGAGGCUUCAGGAGGCCGAAGAGGAAGAUGAGGAGGGAGAUUCAUUGGAGAUGGCGCAGGAAGUGGAGAUGGAGGCGCCCAGCCUGGAGGAGGUACCAGAUGUUCCAGAGGCAGCUGAGACCCCGGUGCUUCCCGCAAAGGAACCAGAGGUGGUGACAGAGUCCGAGGUGCCAACCGAGAGCUAUGAUGACUACAAAGAUGAGACAACCAUGGAUGACUCCAUCUUAGACAGCUCCUGGGUGGACACCCAAGCAGAUGAUGACAAAAGCAUGGCCACAGAGAGAAUCGAGCCUCCUCCCAAAAUGCGAAGCCCACUCAAGAAACCAGCAGUGGAGAAGCCGGCUAAGCAAAAGACCAAGCAGGGCGGCCGGGUAAAGGGGCGCGUCUCCACUCCGGAGCGCAAACCUGUGCGCAAAGAGCCGCUGCCCAUCCCAAGGGAAGACACCAGGAAGAAAAAAGCUAUCAUUAAGAAGGCUGAGUUCCCCCAAAAAUCUGAAAUUCAGACACGCUCUCCCUCCCGCAAGAGUGCUUUAAAACCCGCUGUCAGACACCCUAGACCUGCCCAACACUACGCCUGUGUUAAACGGAGACCCACAGUCUCAGCAGAUGGACGCCAGCCCAUCAGCGUGGCCAGACACUCACGGGACAGGACCUCUCCUCCCACCCACCCCUCUAUCUCCCAGAUCCCUACCCCCGCCUCACUAACAAAGAUCCCCAAAUCCCGAGUGGCCGCCCUGCUCCCCCCUCGGCCCAACUCAGCCUGCUCCAACACCAUCAAGAACCUCCAGAUGGAGGCGGAUGGGUUCGGGCCCCGGCCCUGGUCGGCUGGAGCCCGCGACUCCCCCGUGCAGAACAGACUCAUGGGAAAGGACGGUGGUUCCAGGAGCCCAGAGAAGAGGUCAUCUCUGCCGCGGCCGGCCUCCAUCCUGAGCCGACGCCACCACCCGGCUGAGCAUGAGGAGAGCUCCACCUCCAUCACCAGCUCCGGAUCUACAGCUCCCCGCAGGCCCACAUCGUUCCGCACUGAGUUCAGAUCCGAGUAUAGGACGGGAAGGGCUCACAGCGUGGCUGGUAGGACGGAGUCGAGCCGCUCCGAGUCGGCCCGCUCCCGCUCGGCCCGCAGUGGCACGUCCACCCCGCGCACGCCUGGCUCCACAGCCAUCACCCCCGGGACUCCGCCCAGCUACUCCUGCCGCACCCCCGGCACCCCGGGCACGCCCCGCACGCCCAAGUCCCUCAGUCUGCUGUCCGGCGAGAAGAAGGUGGCCAUCCUCCGCACACCGCCCAAGUCCCCCGCCACCACACCCAAGCAGCUGCGGGUCAUCAACCAGCCCCUCCCUGACCUCAGAAACAUCAGGUCCAAGAUUGGCUCCAUCGACAACAUCAAGUAUCAGCCCAAGGGGGGGCAGAUUCAGAUUUUAAACAAGAAGCUGGACUUCAGUCACGUACAGUCAAAGUGCGGAUCCAAGGAUAAUCUGAAGCAUUCCCCCCGUGGAGGCAAUGUUUUCAUUCCUAGCGUAAAACUGGACUUUAGCCACGUCAGGUCAAAGUGUGGCUCCCUGGACAAAGUGCAGCAUGCGGCAGGCGGCGGGAACGUCCAAAUCCAGUCCAAGAAACUGGACUUAAGUCACGUGACUUCCAAGUGUGGUUCACUGGACAACAUUCGCCACCGGCCAGGAGGUGGGAAUGUACGCAUUGAGAAUGUGAAGCUGGACUUCAAAGACAAAGCCCAUGCUAAGGUGGGCUCCCUUGAUAAUGCCCAGCAUGUUCCCGGAGGAGGUCAUGUAAUGCCUCACAGCCUCAUCUAGCCAGGAGCGCCACUCCCAACGUUUGGAAGAUGGUGGCCCCUCCGUCCUCAAAUUCACCCCCUCCUGCACAGCGCACAUCCACCUACUGGGACCGUAGUGACUCUAUUUAAUUAAACAAAAUACAACAUGGAAGCAAGUGGAAGAACAAGAAGGGAAAACAAAUACACAGACACCGUACAGUUUUGUCUAUUUUAUUUUUUCUUCAAUUUCCAAGGUAGAUUAGAAAGUGCCAGUGCUUUUCCUGUUUGACUCCUUUUCUGUUUGACUUUUUUAAUGGUGUGUACAGAUAGUGGCCUGAAGCUCUGGUCCCAGAUCGGCUCUAGCUGUUUGCACAAAGUAGUUCAAGUAGGAUCAGGAACGGGAUUGGCUGACCUCUGGUCAGCUUCAGAACAGCCUUUUCUACAACAGGCAGGAAGUGAUGCGGCCAUUCCAUGCAGCUUGCAUUCUUCUGCUUGGUCAGUGCAUGGACUUGAAACACACACCCCAGCAGCAAGUCAUGCUCAUCAAACCUCCCCAGUACGAUAUAAACUAUAGCUAUACAACAUGUGUAUAAAUAUACCAGCUCCUCAUUAGCAAUUUCAAUCGAUUUUAAAAAUAAGCAGUCACUCAAAAAGUCACCUAUACCUGUAAAAUUGCAUCACUGCAAAAAAGAGAGAUGAGAUUAUGGUAUGAUGAGCAUGUGUCAAUUCUCGUUCAAAAAGAAGGCUAUUUUGUAUUUUCAAAGAAUUUUAGUAGGUUAUUCCCUCAAUCAUUGGAUUAAAAUGAGCAUUUGAGCAUUUCACAUAUUUUGUAGAUUAGUGGUAAUGUUAUGCUUGUCAAUUGUCAACUGCAAUGGUUGGCCAAGGGUCUCUCUUUCUCUCUCUGUCUCUCUCCAGACAAGGCUCUGAAUCUGGCUGUAAGCAUCACUGUAUGUGAUUGUGAACAUACUGUAGAGCUAUGUUAUUCUCUCAUGCACUGUCUGACCCGGUGCCAUCACACACCCGCCUACUGUAGCUGAGUGACCUUUAAGAGGUCCAGGGAUACCUUACACACCCUGAAGUGCAUCAGCUCAACAUCACAGGGGCUAGUGGGAGUCCUUGACACACUUCUCAGAUGUAGGUCUGGGGUCAGCUGAGAAUGGACCCUAUGGGCCUGUGGUGGUCGGGGUAACCUUUUCUCUGAUGGAGCUGUGGUCAUUAUUUAAACGGAUUGACUUGGGUGCAGAGUGAAGCUACUCUGGGCACUGGUGUUGUGUUACAGACCCUGUGUUUUGCCAUGUCACAUUUGGAUGCUAUAACGUUUUUUUUAUGUGCUGGAUAAACUAAAAAGGGACAAAAAGUAUGAAAAAAUAUGAAAAAGCGUCAUUUCAAAAAGCAUACAUAAAAACAGAAAACUCAACCAUCUCUUGCAAUUGUUUCAUAAAGUGCUCCAGUAUAAAUAUUUUGAUUUCUCUCUCUCUCUCUGUCGUUAUUUGUGGUAUUCCAACCCCUCCGGAUCCCCUGAUGUUUGUUAGCUUCUGUGUUUCUCUGCACCCCAAGCCUUGCCCUUCCCCAUCUCCAAUCUACCCUCCUCCCCCACAGCGACUGUAAAUGUAUUUAAAAGUCAUGUAGAUGUUUGCUGUUUUUCUCUUGUUGAUAUGAUACCGAUUACAAAUGCUCAUAUGAUUAUGACACUAAAUAAAAAUAAAAAAAACACAUGGAAACAAA